AUGAUCGUUGGUAAAGGAGUCGUUCGAAAUUUGAGGUAGGCCAAUAUUUAUAUAAUGAUAUAUAUUGUCUUGUUUUUAGUACGCAAAACGCAACUUUAAUAGGCCCUGCAGUUCGGUUGCUACUCCACGAUUAUAACAUCAAUUUGGAUAGUGUGAAAGGCUCUGGUCCUAAAGGCAAUGUGUUAAAAAGGUAAGGAUAAUAUUGUUGUUGAUUUUGCUUUUAGUGAUGUUUGGAGUCACAUCAAGGGCUCAAAUCUGCAGCCUCAGAAGCAGAAGGUUCCUCUGCCACUGCUGAAUCCAGAUCCUUUGUUGGAUCAGACUACAAAGUUGAAGCACUCUAGUCCGUUUGGAGAUGUGGUAUCCAAGAGAAGACACAGAAGAACCUCAGCGUUCCAGGACAUUCCUUUGUCUGGAAUGAGAGCGACUAUUGCUAGAAGGUUGACGCAGGCUAAGGUAAUAUUUUAGUUUACUUAAAUUUACAAGUCGUAAAAUUCAGGUAUCGUUGUGGGAUGUCUUAGAUACGUAAAACAACUUUUUGUUGUCAAUUUAAUAUAUUUUUUCUAGUGUACGGUGCCUCACAACUAUACUUCUGUUCAAGUGAGAGCUGAGAAUUUGACAGCCUUUAGAAAAACGUUGUCUAAACAAGGAAUCAAGGUUUCUGUAAAUGAUUUCAUCGUCAAAGCAGCUGCGUUGUCUUUGAGGGUAAGAUCUUUUGUGUUUUCAGUUGUUGAUCUACUGUUUUACGUCGAUUUUUACAAUUUUGCUUUAGGCAGUGCCAGAAGUGAACGUGCAAUGGGUAGAGCAUGAUGUGAGACGUGUACCAGAAGUCGAUGUUUCUAUUGCUGUAGCUACUCCAUCUGGUCUGAUUACACCGAUUGUCUUCAGAGCAGAUCAAUUACCGGUCGAUAAGAUUAGCCACGUUAUAAGAGAAUUGGCCAUUAGAGCAAAAGACAACAAGCUUAAACCUCAGGAGUUUCAAGGAGGAUCUUUUACGCAAGUUACAUAAUUUUUAUGGACUUUACAUUGAGAACUCAUAAAUCAAAGUGAUUGUUUUUUAUGGUUAGGUAACGUUUUUUGAAAAUUUUAUUAAAAACGAUUUACGGCGCUAGGACAAAUGCGGUUUUGGACAUUUGCGGAUCUGCGGUUUUUAGACACUUGCGGAUCUUCGGUUUUUGGACACUUGCGGAUUUUGGACAUUUGCGGAUUUUUUAAAGGUUUUUUUUUAUUUUUUAUUUAAUUUAUUUGUAUAUUGGUACUAAAUUGUACUAAAGUUUAAAUUGGUACGGUUUUAACAUAAUAGUACCAUUUUGGGCUUUUAGUACUAUUUAGUACCAAAAAUAUAAAAACAGUACCAAUUAAAAAUUUAGUACUAUUUAACAUUAAGAAAUAUUCAGACAGUGCCAAUUUAAACUUUAGUACCAUACUACAAAUAAAUUAAAUAAAAAAUAAAAAAACCCCUUUAAAAAAUCCGCAAAUGUCUAAAAUCCGCAAGUGUCCAAAAACCGUAUUUCCGCAAUUGUCUAAAAACCGCAGAUCCGCAAAUGUCCAAAAACCGCAUUUGUCUUAGCGCCCGAUUUACUUCAGAGUGUCGAAUCUUGGAAUGUUUGGAAUUCACACUUUCACCGCUAUCAUCAACCCUCCCCAAACUGCUGUCUUGGCUGUUGGAGGUACUCAUACUCAACUGGACUCUGAGUUUAACGCUAAACAUCAGUUCUCUUUAACGUUAUGUUACGAUAACAGAGCUGUUACUGAGGUAGAUGCGCACAGGUUUUUACAGAAUAUGCAACAACUACUAGGACACCCAGACGUUUCAUUGUCUGGAGGACUGGACCUCACCGGUGAACAUCACGAUCUAUUCUAUACAGUUUAG